AUACUUUAUUCGGUAAUGUGGCAACUCCUUCAACAGAUUAGGUACUUGAUCUGGCAGGGCUGACGGGCAGCACAUUUUAAGGUUUACGCAAUUUUCGUCGAUUUCUUCAAAUUUAUCAAUUAAAUUUGUUAAUAACUUUGCAUUUAGAAGAAAAUUGCAAACAAAAUGAUGUCGCAAGCAUUUGCCGCUGCCGUCUGCCGCAACAGCAGCCUUGCAAUCCGCUGCAGCCGGCGUACUUUGAGCACAGCAGCGCGGUUGCAACGCAACACUCGCCAUCUGGCUGCCAGUGCAGCAUUGACCAAGAGUUGGCAGCGUUUGCCUGCUGCUGCGUCCGCGGCGACGGGAAACAUGCAACAGUAUGUGAGAUCAUAUGCCAACGAAAAGAAGGUCUUUGAGCGCACCAAACCUCACUGCAAUGUGGGCACCAUUGGUCAUGUGGAUCAUGGCAAGACUACUCUGACAGCGGCCAUAACCAAAGUGCUAGCCGACAAGAAACUGGCCGAAAGCAAAAAGUAUAAUGAAAUCGACAAUGCGCCAGAGGAAAAAGCUCGAGGUAUUACCAUCAAUGUGGCUCACGUCGAGUAUCAGACGGAAACCCGCCAUUAUGGCCACACAGAUUGUCCAGGACAUGCCGAUUACAUUAAGAACAUGAUCACGGGCACGGCUCAAAUGGAUGGAGCUAUUUUGGUUGUGGCUGCCACAGAUGGUGCCAUGCCUCAGACUCGGGAGCAUAUGCUGCUGGCCAAGCAAAUUGGCAUCGAUCACAUUGUUGUAUUCAUUAAUAAGGUUGAUGCUGCCGAUCAAGAAAUGGUUGAUUUGGUCGAGAUGGAGAUUCGCGAGCUGUUGACCGAGAUGGGCUAUGAUGGCGAUAAGAUUCCCGUGAUAAAGGGCUCCGCAUUGUGUGCGCUGGAGGACAAGAAUCCCGAAAUCGGCUCGGAGGCUAUUCUGAAAUUGCUGAAUGAGGUGGAUACCUUUAUACCGACACCAGUGCGCGAGCUGGACAAACCGUUCUUGUUGCCUGUGGAAAAUGUGUAUUCGAUUCCCGGUCGUGGAACUGUUGUUACCGGUCGCCUCGAGCGUGGUGUUGUCAAGAAGGGCAUGGAAUGCGAGUUUGUGGGCUAUAAUAAGGUGCUAAAGUCGACAGUCACUGGUGUGGAGAUGUUCCAUCAGAUCUUGGAGGAGGCACAGGCUGGUGAUCAGUUGGGAGCUUUGGUGCGUGGUGUUAAGCGUGAUGAUAUCAAACGCGGCAUGGUCAUGUGCAAGCCGGGCAGUGUCAAGGCAUUGGACCAGUUGGAGGCACAAGUUUACAUUCUUUCCAAAGAGGAAGGUGGCCGCACUAAGCCCUUUAUGUCCUUUAUUCAGCUGCAAAUGUUUUCGCGUACGUGGGAUUGUGCAGUUCAGGUGCAAAUACCAGACAAGGAGAUGGUCAUGCCAGGCGAAGAUACUAAGUUAAUUCUGCGAUUGAUUCGUCCCAUGGUCUUGGAGCAAGGUCAGCGUUUCACACUUCGUGAUGGCAACUUGACACUGGGCACGGGCGUUGUAACAAAAAUAAUGAGUGGACUGACGGAAACACAGCGUUCCGAGCUGACGGAGGGCAAGAAGGCGCGCGAGAAGAAGGAGGCUGCUAAAAAGUAAUAAUAAAGAGCAUCUGUAUUUGGCAUCCCCAGUUUAGCAAGACACGCCACAGCUGCAGUCUUAAAUAAAUUUACAUUUAUAGUUUA